AUGGAUGAUGAAUUAGUGGUUGCGGGAGUGUUUUUACGACUUUUUAUCGCAAAUCCAUCAUGGCAGGUACGCCAUCCGAAACAGUUUACUGCUGAAUUGAUUGAGAAAGUCCUAGAAUGUAUGGAACGGCCAACACCUGAUUUGGAUAUCAUUACAUCCGCAUUCGUUGCUUUACUUUCCAAUCAUCCGACUGUUGCCAAUCAUCUUCCAGCACAAGGCUAUUUACCGCAAUUUUGUGCAUUAAUGUCUUCAUCAGCUGGUCAUGCUUCCCAUUCAGCGAUUAUAAUUCUUUCGCAUCUUGCCGAAAAUACGUACUGUGCUGAUUCACUCGCCAAAUUAAACUGCAUUGGAGGUAUCAUGAAAUCGAUGAAACAACAGCCAGCCUUAAUCAGAGACUCAGCGCAUGCACUAAAAUGUUUAUUGAAGCGAAACUGCAGUGAUCUCGCUGCUCAGAUGCUCUCUACUGGUAUGGUUGAAUAUUUACUGCAGUUGCUGGGUGAUAAUAUGAAAGGGAUCGAUAGUGUCGCUGCAGCAAAAGCAGAAAUAGUGAGUGCGUUAAAAAAUGUCUCGUUAGAUUUGCAGUAUGGAACUAAAAUUGCGGAAAUUUUGAGUGAAUCUUCUGUCUGGACACAAUAUAAGGAUCAACGACAUGACCUUUUCAUACCAGCAAACAACGUGCAUGCUAUUGCAGGUGCGCCGUCGGGUAUUGCGGGCUAUCUAACCGAGCGAAUGUUCACACCACCUUCUACAAAUUUCACACCUCCUCCUAUUUCUUCUAAAAAACCGAACCACGAAUGAACUCCGAUUUAAUUUGAUAUUUUUGCUGGUUUCUUUGUUGACAAAAAUUGAUCUUUUUGGAAAUUAUUUACUUAUACACUGUCCGGAAGAAAGUGAAAAAAA